GUUUAGUAGCUUUAACAACAAGUGUUAAAUUGUAAAAAAUAAAUUACAAGAAAUAAAAAAAAAUAAAUACAAUUGAAUAAAAUUCAUAGUAUUAUAACGCAGACAAACCCUAUAUAUCUAAAGUGUUUUAAGGUUUGUCAGUUUGUGUGUAAAAAAUAAAAAUCUUAAAAAUAAUUGAAUUAAAAAUCAAAUACAAUUAUAAAUCAAAUAAAUUGCUUUAACAAUAAAAGCUAAAUUUUUUUAAGUAACAAACAACAAGUGUAAUUUAACUCUACAACAAGUGACAUCUAUAAAUAAAAGACUGUACUAACAAUGGAGGAGGCAAAUAAAUCAAACGUUAAUAAUACUAAAUAUAAUAUAAAUUUGGAAAAAUUAGAUCCUAAGGUGUCGAUCGAUAUGGAAGCUCCAGAAUUUCGUGAUUUUGCCAAGAACAUGGUUGAUUAUAUAGCUGAUUAUUUGGAAAACAUUAGAGACCGUCGUGUUUUACCUGAUGUUAAGCCAGGCUAUUUGCGCCCCCUCAUACCCGAAACAGCACCUGAGAAACCCGAUACCUGGGAAGAUGUUAUGAAAGAUAUAGAACGUGUCAUCAUGCCAGGUGUAACACAUUGGCAUAGUCCUAAGUUUCAUGCCUACUUUCCUACUGCCAAUUCAUAUCCAGCUAUAGUAGCUGAUAUGUUGAGUGGAGCUAUAGCCUGUAUAGGUUUUACUUGGAUUGCUAGUCCUGCUUGCACAGAAUUGGAGGUAGUAAUGCUAGAUUGGUUGGGUAAAAUGUUAGAAUUACCUAAGGAAUUUUUAGCCUGUUCUGGUGGUAAGGGAGGCGGUGUUAUUCAGGGUACUGCUAGUGAGGCCACAUUGGUCGCUUUAUUGGGUGCUAAGGCCAAGAAAAUACAAGAAGUUAAGAAAGAACAUCCUGAUUGGGAUGACAAUACUAUUAUUUCGAAAUUGGUGGGUUAUAAUUCGGCUCAGGCCCAUUCCUCCGUAGAACGUGCUGGUCUAUUGGGUGGCAUUAAAUUGAGAUCAGUGCCAGCCGAUGAACAUAAUCGCUUAAGAGGUGAUGCUUUGGAGGCAGCUAUUAAAAAGGAUUUGGAGGAUGGUUUGAUACCAUUUUAUGCUGUUGUUACCUUGGGCACUACCAAUUCCUGUGCUUUUGAUCGUUUGGAUGAAUGCGGUGUAGUGGGAAAUAAAUAUAAUGUGUGGGUUCAUGUGGAUGCCGCCUAUGCUGGUUCCGCUUUCAUUUGCCCCGAAUACAGACAUUUAAUGAAGGGCAUCGAAAGAGCCGAUUCUUUUAAUUUCAAUCCCCAUAAAUGGAUGUUGGUUAAUUUUGAUUGUAGUGCCAUGUGGCUUAAAGAUCCCAGUUGGGUAGUGAAUGCUUUUAACGUUGAUCCUUUAUACUUAAAACACGAUAUGCAAGGUUCAGCACCCGACUAUAGACAUUGGCAAAUUCCUUUGGGCCGCCGUUUUAGAGCCCUAAAAUUGUGGUUUGUUUUGCGUCUUUAUGGCGUGGAGAAUCUUCAAGCUCACAUACGUCGUCAUUGUAAUUUCGCCAAACAAUUUGAACAACUUUGCCGAGCUGAUGAUCGUUUCGAAAUUGUGGGUGAAGUUAAUAUGGGUCUGGUGUGUUUCCGUUUGAAGGGUUCAAAUGAAUUGAAUGAGACUCUAUUGAAACGCAUUAAUGGUCGUGGUAAUAUACACAUGGUACCCGCCAAAAUACGUGAUGUUUACUUUUUACGUAUGGCUGUUUGUUCUCGUUUUACCAAAACCGAAGAUAUGGAAUACUCCUGGAAAGAAGUAAGUGCUGCCGCCGAUGAAGUUCUUAAACAGUAAAAAGUUCUAAAGACAAAUCGAAUAGAUUGUUAGCGAUAGUAUUUUUUGUUAAUGUAAAGAUUUUAAAUGUGUCACUGUUAAUGUUUAUUUUUAAAAACACAAUGGGACCAAUUGCAACAUAUUUAGGGAAUUAAAUGUGCUUCAUUAUGUUAAAUAAUACAUACAUAUAUAUUUUGUUAGAUUUUAAGCUGUUACAUAAUUUAAUUAAACUACAUUCUAUGCAGUUAUAGUUAAUUCAAUGUUGUUAAUUAGUUUAAAUGGGACACCUUUUAAAUUAUACUAUAUUUACUUAACUAUUUAAUAAACAAAUUAAAUACUCUCUUAUAAUAUAGUAAAAGAAUUGAAAAUAAUAAAUAUAAAUUAAAAAAAAAAUAA